AUGGAAAGCGGUCAUUCUGAGCGAUAUGAGCUGCUGGCUGAGAUUGGAGAAGGAGCUUAUGGAAAAGUGUACAAAGCAAGAGACCUGGAAAACAAUGGGAGGUUUGUGGCACUGAAGAGGAUUGAGAUCCCAAGAACGAAGGAAGGUAUCCCUUUCAUAGUAAUUCGGGAGGUGGCCUGGUUGAAACAGUUAGAAGUCUUUGACCAUCCAAAUGUUGUCAGGUUAUUUAACGUGGAGCUUGGUUCUCGGACAGAUAAGCUGAUGAAGUUGACGCUUGUGUUCGAACUCAUUGAGCAAGAUUUGUCCAUGUUUCUGACAAAAGUUCACCAGCCACACCUCCCUCAUAAGAAAGUAAAGGAUAUAAUGCUGCAGCUGUUUAGAGGCCUGGAUUUCCUCCAUGCAAACCGUGUGGUGCAUCGAGAUUUGAAGCCACAAAACAUCCUGGUUUCAAACAGCGGCCAGGUGAAGUUAGCAGACUUUGGUCUGGCUCGAGUGUACAGUUUCCACAUGGCGCUGACUCCUGUGGUUGUUACUCUGUGGUACAGAGCACCGGAAGUGCUUUUGUAUUCCCGGUACACAGCAGCUGUUGACAUUUGGAGUGUUGGCUGCAUAUUUGCUGAAAUGCUUCAACUCAGACCCUUUCUUUGUGGGAUUUCAGACAUUAAUCAACUGCAAAAAAUAUUUGAUAUGCUCGGUCUUCCUGAUGAAGAUGAAUGGCCUACAGAUGCUCCACUGCCCUACAGCUCCUUUACUGCCAAGCCUCUAAAACCAAUUGAAGAUUUACUACCUCAGAUUGAUUCAUUGGGAAAAGACUUACUACUUAAAUGCCUUCAUUUUAAUCCGAAUCAAAGAGCAUCCACCAAUGAGGCACUUGCCCAUCCUUAUUUUAGUGAAACGCCUGAACAUUUUGAGGUCAACAGUCACGAAUGAGUAGGAG